AAUUAAAAUGCCAACAAUAAAGUAAAAAGUUACGCGCAUAAAGUUUAGCACGUGUGUUAUAUUUAAAAAUAUAUAUGUCUUUAUUAUUAACUACCAGGCCAGCAGUUUAACAGAAAGUUAAACAUUUUAGUAAAAACAUAAAAGAAUAUUCUUUAAUCGCUUCCAAAACGAUAAAAUGUAAGAAUAAUUUUGAAAUGUCCAAAGAAGGUUAUAACACCGAAAAGAAAGAGGGUGAAAGUAAAGUGGUUUUAGAACGUUUACAGUCAUAUUUAAAAGAUAAAAGAAGUAGUGAAUCAUCUGAGACUAGUGUAAUUUAUAAUAAGCCGAGCUCAAGUUUAGUUUAUGAGCCAAAUCCCAUAGUAGUUACAAGCAUUGAAGAAACUGGUAAUAGUAACGUACUUCGGGAAGUAUUAAAUCAUAAAAAAUCAGAGUUGCUAAGGCAGCCUGAAGUAAUAGCAUUUUUGAAAACAUUAUCAACAGAUUUAAAGAAGUAAUUCGCGAUGGCAGUGGCUGCUCGAAAAAGCGCAGAAUUUCUUAUGCGUAAAACGUUAGAUAGACAGGCUGCGCUUACUCGGAUGAAAGUUAGUUUUAAAAAGAAACAAAUAAAUCAAGUAAUAGUUGACUAUGUAAAUGACGGAAAGUAUGGACCUUACAAUGAAUUAAUAAAUAUUCUCAAAGAUAAGCAAAUAUCUGAUGGAAACUUCUUAGUGUUGUUUGAAGAUUGUUUGUCAUGUACAGUUUAUUUUGAAAAAGAUUGGAAGAUGUUUAUUGAUCUACUAUGUGAUAUUCAAUGGGUAAACAGAGACCCAGAACUAGUUAAAGUGUAUAGUAAAUUUAUAGUUAGUUUAGUAACUGCACACACUUACCACUGUCCAAAAGUUAUGACAACAUUAGUCAAUUUAUUCAAAGUUGAAGGUGAGAAUUGGGAUGACUAUCCACCUGAAGAGCUGAAUAAACAAUGGGCUAAUAUACAUUCACUGAUAGCACAAAUAGUUGCUUUUAUGCCUAUGACAAGCAAUAUUUUGAUGCAAACAGUAAUGGAUAAUUUCCCAUACUACAAAGCGGGUUGCUACAUUAAUAGAGCCUAUGUACACAAUUUAAUAUGGAUAAGUAGAUACAUACCUUCACUGAAGGAACAAAUUAUGUCUGCUAUAAUACACAGAAUGAUAGAAAUGGAUGUAAAUGUAGUAGACCAAAAGACCAAGCAAGAAACAAUUUUUAAUAUGGAGUUAGAAAAAGACGAGACUAGUGUUACGCUAGACUAUUGUAUGUUGGAAAUGCUAAAGUGGCUAGAAGAUGAAAGAGAACCUGUAUUAUUAAUACUGUGUAAUGUGUUUGAAAGGGUUGUGCUUCCUACUUAUGGCAUUCGAUAUGUCCAAUUCUUGCUGCUAUACACUAUAUCAAUAAAUCAGCAGUGUGCUGAUAGGAUAUUUAAUAACUUGUGGACAAUAACAGCUGGUCUCCACGGAUUAGGGCCUGGUGCCUUAACCACACGUAAGACUGCUGCCAGUCACUUAGCAGGUCUUCUUGCAAGAUGUGUGAGAGUUCCUAAUAGUAGACUAAUAGAUUAUUUAAAGACUAUGGCAGAUUGGUGUCACGGGUACAUAACAGCAACGCAAGAGACCUCCGCUCACGACAACACUAAAGUACACGGUGCCUUCCAUGCAGUCUGUCACGCGAUAUUUUAUCUUGUUGCCUUCAAGAACCAUCAUCUAUUUAUGAGUAAAGAAUGUUUAAAUUUCGUCGAGUCCCUGAACCUUCCCCGUCUAGUGACCUGUCCUUUAAACCCUUUGCGGACAUGUCCUCCACAAGUGACCCAGGCCUUCGCAUCUGUCACCAGAUCUCACCAGGUGGUCUACUGCCAGUCUAUCAUUGAGAAAAAUCUUCGGUUCUCCUUACAUAAUGCUGUGCAAUAUGAUGAGUGGUUCCCGUAUGAUCCAUACACGUUACCAAUAUCAGGUAAAAAAAUAUGGCCGCUAUGCGUGGAGUAUAAGGACUGGUUGACAAAAGGUGACGACGAAACCCAGUUCAAGAGUUUGAAACGCAAAUUUGACGGUGAAGACGACGAUUUCCUACAAAUAACUCCCAGCCCCCGACAAAGACUGCCUAGCUCCUUAUCUAAUUGUAUAUCACCAGGGUUCAAAAGCAGUGACACUAGUAUGAUGUAAAUAUUUUUAACCAGAUAAACUUUCUACAUAUAUUAUCAGACUUAGGGUCCUUGAAGAAAGAAGUGUACCAAUUCUUGAAAGUUUAUGAAGAUAUGUAUGCUUAGAGAACGCUAUUGAUUUCAAAAAUUUUUAUUCAUUUGUGUUAAUAGAUUUCUUCAGAAAACUACUCUUAAACUUAUAUCAUUAGGCUGAUUCACAUAUAUCAGUGAAGCCACAAUUCCGACACAGUACGAAAUUUUGUUUUAUACAUUC